AUUAUUUUAUUUUGAAUCUGUCCGACUGAUUGCAGAGCAGGGCGAUUUGUUUUGACAGCUAAAAAAUUUUUGGUAAAACUUUAGCUGCUUGCUGCAAUAAUUCUGAAAACUAGUCAGUUUAGUGUUAUUUAUGUUUUAAAGUCACGAACCAUUUAUUAUUUUUAAGAAUAUUUAGUUAGAAUACAAUGAUAACGCUUAAUAGAAAGUUAAAAAAAGAACAUACGGAGACGACCAAUGGGGUUAAAAUUGAACCUAUAAAAAGAAUAUCGGUUAGAGACAAGUUAUUGGUGAAAGAAGUACAAGAAAUGAACGAAAAUCUUCCUGCAACGUGUUCUGUAAAUUUUGAGGAUCCUAAUGUUUUAAACGAAUUUAUUUUAACUGUAGCCCCUGAUGAGGGAUAUUGGUCUGGAGGAAAAUUUAAAUUUAGUGUAUUUGUUACAGAAGAUUAUAAUAUGGCUCCACCAAGAGUGAAAUGUUUGACUAGACUGUGGCAUCCCAAUAUUAAUUUGGAUGGAGAAAUAUGUUUAUCAUUGCUUCGUCAAACCUCUAUAGAUGAACAUGGUUGGGCACCAACGAGACGGCUCAAGGAUGUUGUUUGGGGCCUCAAUUCAUUAUUUACUGACUUAUUAAAUUUUGAAGAUCCAUUAAACAUAGAAGCGGCAGAAAUGUACAAAGUGAAUAAAGUCGAGUUUCAAUCGAAAGUCGUAGAGUAUAUUGCAGUUUCGAAAGGCAAGAGAUGAGAAAUGUUCUCCCCCGUCAAUGUUAAUAACAAUCUUUAGCUAUUAUAGAGGACUCACAACAUCCACAGAUUUUAACGUAUAUCGUUAGACAUAGUGUAAUUAAUACUCCAAAACAGUGAUAACUUUAAACUAUGUAAAAUUAUAAAUAAUAACUAUUGACCUGUACAUAAUAUUUGUUGGUGUUCUUUGUAUUUCCAUCGAGAACUGACUAGGUAAUAAAGUAAGUUAUAAAUCUAAAUGUUUGAUGUAAUAUUUCACUCGUACAAGAGCAUAGCAAUGAUAUUAUGCAACAGAGAUAGAUUAAAUCUGAAGCAAUUCGCUCAAUCAAUUAUAAUAUUGUAGAUAGGAAAAACUUCCAUUAACAUUGCUGUUUUGCAAGUUAAUUUGUCUGUUUUUUUUCAAUUUGCACCUGGUAUGUGUUUAAAUCAACAUAAUUAAUUGUUGUAAUUAUUUAUGGUGAUGAUGAUAUUAUAAUUAUUUAUAAAGAUCUGUAUUGGAGUAUAAAGGUUAAUGCUUAGUUACGCUAUUAGAAUGCUGUUUGGAACAAACCUGCAAGUAUUUUUGUUUUAAUUUAUUUUGUCUGAUGAAAAUUGCUAAAUUUUAUAUUUUAAAACAAAAUAUGCACAUAUAAACCAUUGAACUAAGUAACAAUAUCUGCAUAAUGACAGUAACAAUUAAAUAUAUACCAUGAAAAUCUACAGAGUAUUUAGAAAAUUAAUCUGCUUAACUCGGCUUAGUCUAAACAUUUUUAAACUUUCAUGGUGUCAUUUGAACAGAGCCAUGUGCACUCUUAAAUGCCGUCUAUAUGUUUAGGCUUAAAACAUUGUUUGAUUAAGAGGUUGUGACAUGGCGGAAAGUUUUUUCACUGUCUGUCAUUUUUGUCCCCCUUGGGUAUCCUUUUUAAUAUUCCACAACAUCUGGUGGCUAAAAUAGAAUGUAAAGUACAUCUUCUCUUAUAGUUACUUAAUUAAUUAAAAACAAUUGUGCAGCUGUAAAGAGUAAACAAUAAGAGUUUUUCAUUAGUUUUUUCCCACAUUAUUACACAGCAGGCCGGUUUUGUAAGCCCAUUCUAAUAGCGCUAAGGUUAUGUUAUUUUCGUAAAAUUGUAACUUUUGACGGUCCGCAAAUGAUUUAUUAUUUAUUUACCAAUAAUGUAUUUCGAAAUACAUUACUAAGGAAAGCUUAUAUUAUUUCUAGAAUUUCUUUCGGCCACCAUAGAGUGUGAGUAAUACCGAGUUUGUAAAAUAUAAUAUCUAAUAAUUUAUGCUAUCAUAAUAAUAUUUUGGUUCAAUGUUGUCGAAAUAAAUAAUAUUUAUUAGAUCCGCUCAAAUUCCAGAGCAUUUAUGAUGUUCCUGUUUUAGUGUAAAAAAGGCGAUAAAGGGGACAUGAGUGGGCUGACUAGUUUCUCUCCUUUGCCUGUACAUACUAUAAUUUUAUGAAUCUGAAUAUUUUUUAAUUGUUUCCACUUACAAAUUCUUCGGAAACUAUAUUUCAUUUAUUUAUUUAAUUAUUGUAUCAAAGAAAGCGAAUGAACUGAUAUGAAACCUUGUGUAUAUUUUAAAUUAAUUUGUCUUUUCAAAACAAUUUGAUAAAUUGAUGAAAUCAUAAUGUACAGGAUGUAUUUAUAAUAUAAAAUGUAUUUAAAUAAUAUUCAUAUAAAGCGUCAUUUUGUAUGAUUGUUAAUAUAAUGAGAAAACAAAGCAAUAAACAGAUCUAUAUUAUGGUAAUUAAGCCGCUGAAGUAAAGUUCUUU